AUGUCCUCGGAUGUCCAAAACACCAGCAGCUGCUGCAGCUUCCUCGGCGCCGUCGCCACCGUCUUCGCCGUCUUCUUCGUCCUCCUAAUCCUCUUCCUCUGCGCCUGCUACAUCCUCCUGCGACGCUGCCGCCAAGCCGCGGCAGCUGACGCCCUCGACGACGACCCGCCGCCCCCGGCCGACGGGCUCGACCCGUCGGCCAUCGCCUCGCUGCCCUCCUUCGCGUAUUACAGCACCGGCGGCAGCAGCAGGGCGGGGUCGGGGGAUGGCGGUCGGGAUAAGGCGUCGGCCGUCGUCGUCGACUGCUCGGUGUGUCUCGACGCGGUCGAGGAGGGGGCGACAGUGCGGCUGCUGCCGAGCUGCAUGCAUCUGUUCCACCAGGAGUGCAUCGACGUGUGGCUGAGCUUGCAUGCGACGUGCCCGGUUUGUCGGGCCAACCCGGAGCCGAAGAGGGCCGCGGUGGCACGGUUGGAUUGCUUGUACAUUGGCGGCGACAUGUCGGCGUUCGACGGAGAGGGAAACUCCCGGGGAGGUCGAGAAGGUGGUGUGGUCGGAGUUGGUGCAUGGGGAGGAGGACCCAUAGGGAUGAGUAACAUGAGUAUGGAGGGGAGGAUAUAG